CAGACAGUGUGUUUGUGUUCUUCGUGCGGUGCGGUUCUCGUUUUUUCCCUCUUCGGAACAAUCUAUCUAUUUUGCGCUAAUUUUUGUCAACAACCAAAAAAUAUCUUGAACACACAGCAAUCAAAAAGCGUUGGAAUAGUAUACACACAACACUUGAACGGAUACUGAAAUUCACGCGCGCAUUAAUCAUUACAAUUUAAGCCUACAUAUAACGACGCAUGCUCGUUAUAUAACUGUACAAAAAUAUAUACAAGUUUUUCAAACAAGUUCAAAAGCAAAACAACAAAAUGUCUGCAGCCACAGAACAACAAAAUAACGGUGAUGUUGCCGUCGAGAAGGUAGCUGCCGUCAGCGACAGCGAUGUGAAGGAGGAUCUCAAAGCCAAAGCCAAAGCAGUUGCCGAGGACAAAUCAGCGGCCGCCGAUGCUGCUGGCGAUGCGGCCGCUGCCGAUAACGGCACGGCCAAGGAUGGCGAGGACGCUGCCGAUGCGGCGGAUGCUGCUGCUGCCGCGCCUACCAAGGGAUCCGCCAAAGGCACUAAGAGGCAAGCUGAAGCUAAAUCCGCCGAAUCAAAGAAAGCCAAGAAAGAUAAACCCGCUGAUGGUGAUUCCGAUGAGGAGGAGGUAUUAGAUGAUCUCAUCGAGGGUGACAGUGAAAUUGAAAGCGACGAAUACGAUGUACCCUACGAUGGUGAGGAGGAUGAUAUUGAAUGUGACGAUGAUGACGAUGACAAUGAUGACGGUUCCGGCUCGGACGAUCAAGCGUAAUAAUAAUGUAGUCAAAACAUAAAAAAAAAACAAAAGCUAAAAAAAAAUUACAAACAAAACAAACAAAAAUUUAAAUUAAUAAUAAAUAAAAAGUUACAAGCAAAAAACAAAACCAGAGAAAACCACACAAAAAAAUCGCAAAAGUAUAUAAUUCUUAUGUUUAAGAAAUAAUUUUCUAUUUCUUAUUUUAUUUUAAUUGUAUUUUAUGUGUACUUUUUUUAUAAAAAAAUACAAAAAAAAAACAAAGCAAUUUUCGCAUAGGGCGAGAACACAAAAACCGAAAAAAGUAAACAUCCCCCCAAAACUAUAUACACAAACA